CAUCUAAAAGGGAUAAAAAAAAAAAAAAAAAAACAUUUAAGGCAAUGUUGUAGGACCGUCUUGUUUACCUUCAGACAAUCCGCCGGGUGACAGUGAUAUCACGGUCGACAUGUAAGAGCUGGAUAACUAUUCCCGUGUGAACGACACCCAUCCGCAGCUGAUGACAAUAACAUGAAAAAGGAUGAGCCCUUCAGGUCAGUAGACCCAUUCUGAUUGGAGACAUGUUCUAAAGACGUCACCUCAGCCGCCAUGAAAGGGUUAGGAGCCAACCGCAGCCGUCACCUGUCCGACUCAUGUGAACCACCAGGCUGCACCCAGAAACCUCUCUAUCCCCUGACUUCUGACCCGCACAGCUCCUUUUUGCUGAGCCCCACCAUCAACCACUAUGGCACUCUGGACCCCCAUCUCCAUCAGUGCCCUCCAACAAGCCCCACAGCCUUGACCCCUGACUGCCUGCUCCCUUUCAGUCAGAUCUCAAACAGCAGCACCUUUCCUCGGCUACACUAUACCUCACAAGCUGAGCAGGUGGACUGCUCGCAGGCAUGUAUGGCGGGUGGUGGCGGAGUGGGACCGGGCGGCAGAGCGGGCGCACUAUCCACCUCUUUGUCUAUGGGUAUGGGGUUGGGUUUGGGCCUCACUGGAGCUCCGAUGAUCACCAGCGGCUCAGCCACCAUCUCCUCUGCAGCGGCUGCCAAGAUGAACCGGCUACCCACGAACCUUCUGGAUCAGCUGGAGAGGCACCUCCCCCUGCAGCGAGAUGGUUUCAGCACCCUGCAGUUUCACAGAGGGCGCAUGUCGAAACAACGCAGUGAGAGUCCGGGACGCAUUCGCCACCUGAUGCACUCUGUUCAGAAACUAUUUGCAAAGUCGCAGUCUUUGGAAAACUCUGCAAUCAAAGGCAGCUUAAACGGGCGCUCUGUUGGGGGAUCGACAACAGGAGCAGGUGAGGACGGAGGCAGACCGACACGCAGGAGCAAGAGUAAAGAUAGGGCUAAAACCGAGGGGCAAAAGCAGAGACCCAGGCCCAAUGCACUAGGCCUCUGGGGCUCAGACGACGCCUUGGACACUGACACCACCAAAGCUGGCACUAUUGCUGUAGGUUACCGCAACCCGCUGACCAUGAUGACUCUGGGCAGAGCGGUGUCAGACAGCCAGGCCAGACACAUCCCACAGGGCUACCACACCAUUUCUGCACACACUCUAAAGACCUCGAAAAGCAGCAGUGACCUCAAGUUUCUGGCGUGCCAGGCCACGCAGGUAGGAUGCAAGGGCGAAGAGGGACGAAGCAGAGGGAGCAAGGAUGACACGCUGGUGAAAAGGGGCUCCUGGUCAACUCUUACCCUCACCCAGGCCAGGCAAGUGUUGCAGAAGGGCUCUGCUACGGUCAACAGGACGCUGCUUAAAUCAAAGUCAUGCCACCAAGAUUUGGCACAACAGUUUCUACAGGUCCCGGGGGAAUGGACAGGAACUCUGGGUCGAGGCCGGGCCAGAGGAACAGAGAUCCCCUGUCGAAGGAUGCGCAGCGGCAGCUAUGUGAAAGCUAUGGGAGACUUAGAAGACAGCGAGGACUCAGAGGGAAGCCCCAAACCUUCCCCUAAGUCUGCUGCCCGUCGCCAUAGCUACCUGAAAGCCACCCAGCACUCCCUGAGCGAGCAGCAGCCACCUCCACCUCCUCGCAACUCCCUGCCGUCCCUAAAAGAGCUGUCAACUAACCGGAGCCUCGAUAACUUAGACUGUCUGGUGAGCCCGCUGGAGGCCCCGCCGCGCCACAGGAACAACAAUUACAGCCAACGCUCUAGCACACUGGGCAGAGGCUCGGGCACUCAGCGUGUGAGUCUGCACACGUUUUUUCAGGUAUGCGGGCAGGGCUUCGGGCACGCAGUACCGUACUGUGAGGGGGAAUCGCAGGCAGUCGAGGCUCUGGAUCUACCAGCACCUACUUGCUUCCGGUCACGCAGCCACAGCUACCUGCGGGCCAUCCAAGCAGGCUGCUCCCAGGAUGAAGACACGGCUUCUGUGGACUCAGACUCGCCACCCCCAACCACUACAGGAUACAGCUCCAAAACACAAGUCAGCAAUAGGAGAGCUCCACCUCCAGUCCAACCCCGCACCACAUCUAAGCCCCUCAUUUCAGUGACAUUGCAGAGCAGCACAGAGUCAGCCCAAGACACAUACCUUGACCAGCAGGACCGUGGCAGCGAGGCUAACAGCCAAUCAGGACGCAGCAACUCCUCUGACAGUCUCUGUAGCAUCCGCACGGGCAGUCUGGCUAAGGGGACCUAUCCUCCACCAGUCCCGGUCCCUGUUGUGACCCACACGCCCGCUGCAGCCUCUGUACCUCCUGUUCCAGCCCCUCGACCUCCACCCACCACUAGCACCACUAGCACUACUUCAACAUCUACCCAGUCCCAAAAUGACACCCUGAGCAUCGGUGUCACCCUUGAGCAGCCCCCGACUGCAACUAAGAGGAAACUGUCCUCCAUCGGAAUUCAGGUGGACUGCGUUUUGCCAGUCUUAAGAGAAGAACCGCUACCCCUGACCGCACCCCUCAAAUUUCAGUCAAUCGGUGUUCAGGUGGAAAACGGCAGGCCUCUCAGCCGGGACAGCAGCAUGGCCUCAAGACAGAACACCGAGACGGAGCCUCAGGAGCCCCAGGAUGCCGCAGCCACAGAAAACAACAAAUCCAACUGCACCAACAAUAAAACAGAGAAUACCAGCGCGCCCAGCAGACAGGACAAAGCCAUGGAACAGCAGCCCCUUAAACACAUCUCGGCCUCAUCAAGGAUAUCAACCUCGCCUCCAGAAAUUCUGGACCCGGCUUUAGACCCCUCCUCGCUGCCACCACCAGAUCCCAGCCUGGAGACAGGAAACUGCAGCACCCCUGGAGAUGCUGUUCAGUCCAGCACGCCAGCAUGCCUAAGAGACGGAAACUGGUUCCUGAAGCUGCUGCAGGCGGAAACGGGCCGCAUGGAGGGCUGGUGUCAACAGAUGGACAAGGAGACCAAAGACAACAAUCUGUCAGAGGAGGUGUUGGGAACGAUCCGCAGUGCAGUAGGCAGCGCUCAGCUCCUCAUAGCUCAGAAGUUUGAGCAGUUCAGAGGGCUCUGUAAUGAGAACUUGGACAUUAAUGCCAACCCACGGCCAACGGCACAGGACCUGGCAGGGUUCUGGGAUCUGCUGCAGCUCUCGAUAGAAGACAUCAGCAUGAAGUUUGAUGAGCUCUACCAGCUGAAAGCCAACAACUGGCAGCUUCCUGAGAAACCAGAGAAGAAGGAUGAAAACAAGCAGCUUCCAUCAUCUGUGCCAAAGAAGCCGUCUAAGCCCAAGCCCAAGCUGUCAGCGGGUAAGGACAGGAGCGUGGACUCGGCUGUGGACAAGCAGCGGCAAGAAGCCAGGAAACGGCUGAUGGCGGCAAAGCGCGCGGCAUCAGUACGACAGAACUCCGCCACGGAAAGCGCCGACAGCAUCGAAAUCUACGUCCCCGAGGCCCAGACCCGCCUCUGAGAGCGAACCAGCACCGGUCAUCGAGCAGAAUCCUGACUCACUUUAGACAUUGAUUGACACAAACACAAACAAAUCUGAGACAAAAACACACAGAUGUAUUACGGAUGCACAGAGGCCUGAUCCCUCAUGACAAGAGGCGAUCACAGGGCACAGAAGAACAAUCCAGAAUAAUGCAGAUCAUCACCCUGCUGCCAUGGGACUGAAAUAAUCUUGACAGAUGUUUAAUACUAUUGUUAUUGUUAUUGACAUUAUAAUAAUUAUUAUCUCCUAAAGUAUAUCAGGACUGUCUUAAAUGUGCAAGUAUCUUGGAAUAAGGACACCCUGUACCUUGUGAGCUGACGAAAUCUUGGUAUCCCAGAAGUUUACUCUCUUAAAAAAAACUCCCUUCACUGCUGAGUCUACCGGCAAGUCGUGGCUGCCUGGUUUACGAGCUAAGCUACCAUCCACACACACACUCAGGACACACACAUGCAGGUGUACUCACUGUCCACAGCGUCUUCCUGUUCUCUAUUUGUAUUAGGCUGCCACUCGUCGGGUGUGGUGUGUACGCUUUACAGUGUAAGAGUUCUAAGGUGAUGUUAAUGUACUCAGAGGUUUUAAAAUGCAGAGAACCAGAGGAAGGCAGUAGCAUAUAUAUUCUAAAAUAUCACACUAUUACAAUGUUCAUUUUGUAAAUGUUGUAUACCAGAUUAUUUGUUAGAAAGAGGUCAGUGUUCAGUACCAAGGUAGUUUUUUAUAGAUCCAGUACAUGUACUGUCAUGUUAUAUUAGCACUUGAUGCAAUCAUUCACUCCGCCUCUCUCUUCUUCUUCUUCUCUUAUCUCACGAACGCACACUACACAGUCUGUGUUUGUGAAUAUUUCCCAUUGUUUAAAGUCUUACACUUGUUUGUUUGUUUGUUUUUUGUGAAGGGAUGCGAGGUAAUGACUGCCCAGCCAGUGAGCUACAGAGGAAUGUAUGAAAUGUUACACAUUGACACAGCUCAUGUCGACUUGAUCACUGCACUUUUCCACUCACCUCAGAUCAAGUCUGCCCACCCUUUUGUUUGCCUGAUCAUUCUGACUUUUCACUGCAUCCUCAGUGUGAUGUAGGGGACCAAGACAUUCACCACUUGAUACGGCAUUCCCAUUCAACCCCGACUAUGUGUGCUAGGGACGGGUGGGGGUUUGCUUGCUUCUGGAAAGGAAAUGGCAUAGCAAUAAUAAAGGCGUUUUAGUGCAAGCAAUGCAGUAGGUACCUAGUCUUAAAUGAUGAAAUUCAACAUUUCCAAUAAGGAUGAAUGUUUUCUUUUAUGGACUGACAAAAAAUCUCAGGUUGAACACUCAAAACUAAACCACAUAAAACAACAAUGUAGGGAUUAUUUAUUAUAUAACGACAAAUGAAUUGGCCAAAUGCUAAGAGACAUUGCAAGAUAUUUCAAUUCCAGACCUACUCAAUGUUCUAAAAUAAGACAAACUCUUGGCAAGGUUAGGUGCUGUGAAGGCCAGGCUUAAUAUGACUGCUGAAAUCAGCUGUUUUCUUCACUCCCCCUUCUAGCAGCUUGAACUCCCACCUCUGUUUGUUGAGAAUGAAUAACUGUGGUACAUAUUUUAAUUUAAAUUUCUAAUGUCUUUCAUCCGAAAUGAGGUCGGCCUAACGCGUCUCGGCUUCUGUAAUUAUAAGAAUUAAUGGUGCUGGGAUUUCAUAUUGUGCCAAGAUGGCAAUUUUCAUCCACAUUUCAGUGUCAUUUGAUACAAGCUUUAUUUAAAGUGAAUUUGUAUUUAAGUUUUGUGUGCAUUCUCAGCAUUGUUUGUUUAGGCAUCAGCUCACUCCAGAUACAUUAUGCCCCGUCUCCAUCUAAACUCAUGACCCACUGAUGAUUGGACUGGUGCUUCUCAAACGGAAACACAUGUUUUACCAUGGGUACAUGAGACAAACUGGGCAUAGCUGAUAAUCAUGCACAAAUUUAGGUUCACUCAUGUGUUUUGUUUCUUUAUAAGAGCUGGCUCUCCCCCUACUGGUCAGUCCUUGCGUGACACUCCAGGCAUCUUUUUCUGUUCCAUUCUGAAUCUUUGGUUGACGUCAAACAAGAAAUGAAGUUGAACUGGGAAUGCUGACACAACACGAAGUUGUUGAUUUUCUUAUUCUCUCUUAUUUGUAUUACAUCAACAAUGGACAUGUGCAUUUCAUUGUCCAAAGAAAUCAUUAAACAUCCCUUUGCUACA